CGAACACCACAUCUCGGUGCCGAGCUCGCACACCCGUCAAUUCGCGGUGCACUGCUUCGUGCAGCCCGUACCGACCGACUACAGGCAUUUUCUACAGUAUUGGUCGUCUGUCGCGUCUUAACUUUCGAAGUGUCACCCCGUAGCCGGCCUGGAUCCGCCAGACUUGGACCUCCUCUGCGCGUCCACGGCCUCAGCACACACCUUCCUCGCCCACAACCACCCCGCCUCACCCACCAGCACCAUGGCUGGGCGCGACACAUCCCCCUCGUCGACAUCCUCCACCCUCUCCAACAUCACCGUGCAGACGGACCGUCUCCCGGCCUCCCGCUCCAUCAGCGCGUCGCCCCCAACGUCGACACCCCCAACGAGCCACGGCGAUGAGGCCAGCGUCCUAUCCGACACGCACAAGAUGGACACCCCCGUAGAAGCGCGGGACGACGUCUCCACGCCCCGAGCGCAUCCCCAAGCGCAUCCCGAAGCGCAUCUCGCGGUGGAGGCCACGCCUGAGGUGCCAAAGAGCGAAGGCAGGCGGUCAGCACGGAGCACUCGCGCCGCUGUCUCCACGUACAACGUUCAGAUCCUCGCGGGCACCGCAAUUCACACGCCGACGAAGUAUUUGGACAAGCACCACAAGAAUGUCUUGCACGGGCCGCUGCCGAAGAGUGCCGUUCACUCACUGAUGGAAACCACUGAGGGCGGCGCGAUCAAACUUGAGGACGGGGACUCCGGCGAUCCUGCAGAAGAGCAGCUUGCCUCUGAAGCUGCCGAGGCGGCCCAGCGGCGUAGGUCUUCGCGAGUGACAGACCUCCGCAAGGAGGCCUUUCGAAACUUGGCUGCGGCUGGCGAAGCUGUUGCGCAGAAAGGCCAAGAGCUAUUGGCAACAGGGAAACAAAGGGUGCAGCAUGCUCUUAGAAGCAGUGUGGCCGAGCAGCGCACGAAAGAGUCGCAACAGGCACUGGUUAAGUCUUCGCCGAAGAAGCGCGCACGUGCCUCCGCAGCACCAACCCCAGAGGAUGAGGACUCAGAGACGGAGACAGAAAAGGACUUUGUGAAGCCGAAAACUAAGAAAUGGCUUGCGCAAGGGCUGUACCUGGGCCAGCAUCGGGAGUUCGACGCCCGACUAAAGGAGAGCCAAAAUCGGGCAAGGAGGAGGUCGAAACAGGCCAAGGAGAGCAAAAUUCUUCCUCUCCCUAUGUUCGCUGGAGAGCGCAUGCUAAACGUAGAUCCACAAAACGAGUGGCGAGAUUUCAAAUUACCUUUCGACACCUACAAUCCGCUGCCUCGAAAGGUAAAGGUCGACGGCUGGGUUAAACUGCAAAAGAAUCGCUUUAUUGGUGAUGCGUCUGCUCAGUGGAAGCGUGAGAAGCAAGACUCGUCUCAAUGUUACUGCUCCCCCGAAGACGGCUGCGGGGAAGCUUGCCACAACCGUAUUAUGUCUUACGAAUGUGACAGUACCAACUGUCCACUCAGUCCCGAGCAGUGCGGCAAUCGUCCAUUCGCACAGCUCAAGAAACGGGCAAAAGGUAAUCGGUACGAUUAUGGUGUGGAAGUCAUGGAGACGGAAGACCGCGGUUAUGGAGUGCGAGCUAUGAGAUGUUUUGAGCCCCACCAAAUCAUUGUUGAAUAUGCGGGUGAAAUCAUUACUCAGGGCGAGUGUGAGAGGCGUAUGAAAUACGUUUAUAAAAAGGAUAAGUGUUAUUAUCUCAUGUCUUUCGAUAACAAGAUGAUUAUCGAUGCCACUCGUGGGACUAUCGCUCGCUUCGUUAAUCAUUCUUGUGAGCCAAAUUGCGAGAUGAUUAAGUGGACGGUUGGUGGGGACCCUCGCAUGGCACUCUUUGCCGGGUCUCGAGGAAUCAUGAGUGGGGAAGAGUUGACAUAUGACUACAACUUUGAUCCAUUCUCCUCCAAGAAUAUUCAGUUAUGCAAAUGCGGUACAGAAUCCUGCCGUGGAGUGCUUGGGCCUAAGCCCAAAGACUACAACCGCGACAAGAAGACAAUGACGUCUUCAAUCAUAUCUGGUACCAAGCGUAAGAUUCAAGAUAUGUUGGGCGGUUCCAGAGGCUCCAGUAGCACCCCGAGCUCGCCAAAGAAGCGCAAGCUUUCCUCUCUUGCUACCACGGCGUUGACCAAAGCAAAGAACUCCCUUGCACAGACUGCUGCAAACGAGGUAAAAGCCAAGGAGAGUGCAGCUGAGCUCCAAGCUCAGAAGGCUUCUCGUGAAAACCGCGCGCUCCGCCGCUCUUCCUCCAUGACUCUGUCAUCAAGACGCUCUAAGAUCGUCCACAAAGCAUCUCGCCGUUCUCUACCCGUCCUCAAGUCAACACGGCAGACUACAGUCAGCAUCAAGCACAAAACUCCCAAGCCAGUACCCAGACCAGGUGCUCUGAAGCCUAUCAAUAGAGCUUCACUGCUCCCUUCCAUUCUCCAGCGCAAUCUCCCAACAUUCAAGGGCAGGAAGAGUCUCCCAACGUCCACGAUCCCGAAAACUCCUGCUCGAUCAUCUCGGUCCACUCGAUCCGCCCGAUCCACCCGAUCCGCUCGAUCCGCUCGAUCACCUUCGCCCUCCUCUCCUAACAUCACGCCUGCCUCUCUUCGCAGCGCAAAUCGCACUAGCUCAAAGAAACUUACACAGUCUAAGCUUAACUUCAAACCAGUGAACGAUGUCCCCAGAGGAUAUAAACUAGAUUCCGUGCUCUUCACCGAUUCCGAAGAUGAUGAUGACGAUGAUGUCGACAUGGAGUUUGCGCCAAAGACUUCCCGUACUUCAAGGCGUCCUACCACUGCUAAUUCUGUCCGUCGAGCCGCAGCCGGGGCAAAGAGAACGUUCGAGCGUGGUGUUCGGACCUCAAGGCGAGCUGCUGGUGUGGGCAAGGCUGCUGCUGGGCUGGGUUUCAGGGGUAUGGGCGGUCGAGGUGAGGCUAUUAGUGGGAGCACGAUUCGUGUGCUUACUGGAGAUGACGACUGAAUGAACAGAACAACAUCACGACUAUUCUCUCUCUUAAAGCAUUGCAAGGAUAGGGAUGAUUGGUGGGUGCGAUACAGUUUCUGUGGUGUCAUGGGUAGUGGCUGUUGUUCGUCGCUGAAUUUUUGGGGGAGUUCUCUGUCUUUUCGAUGUUCUUUCUUCCUUCUCCCCCAUUCUCCCUCACGCACGAGCAAACCCCUUUUUCAACAUCGUCGGGGUGGACCGGUCUGUGAGAUGGAACGGAACUCUCUGUUUGUAUAAUGGGAGCGCAUGGAAGAGAGAUCAUGCAUACAUGGGCGGUCAAAUGGAGUAUGGUGAGGCUUGUUGGUUGUAUCUCUUCUUAGCCUGGUCUGUCUCUGGCUGGUGUCUGUGAGGCGUUUGACGUGGUGUUUAGAGCAGCUGAUGGGCCGGAAUUGUGGAUGUGGAGAGCGCUCCGGACACAGUGGUCAGAC